AUGAGCAUUCGAAAAAAUAUUUGUUCCCUAUUUAAUGGUUAAGUCAAUAUUUAAUUUAGAUUGAAAUAUGUUUCAGCAAUAAUUUAGUAAUGCGGCUUGCUAAUUCCUGAGAUGAAUUUUUGGCUUAUUAGUUGUACCACAAAUAAAUUAAUAGCAUAAUUUUUCUGUGAGAGACAAUUUUAUUUAAAUUAGUCUUACAUACUAUUAUUUGAGCAUAGCUAAAUCUCCUCUGACAUCGGAUUAACAAAUGCAACUGAAUAUUCGCUUUAAAACCAUGAGACCGAAGUUUUCAUUUUUAAAGAAUAAUGUAUUAAUAAUUCAUUCUCCAUAACUCUGGCACAAUUAAUAUUUGAUGCAAUAGUAAAAAAAAAACUUAUCUUUAUCUUAUAAUUAUUUCUAAUUAAUUAAUUCAGUAUAUAUUUGUAAGCCAUAAAUUAGGUCCAUGUUGCUAUUCAAGAUAAAUUAUUUUAUAUAGAAGCAAUAUCUUCGUUGUACAAUUUUUCUUCACUUACAUCUCUAUCUAAAAAUUUCAUUGGGUCUUAUUCGAAAAAAAAGUAUGUUGAUUAAAAUAAGAAUAUAAAUAAUUAUUUAAUUAAUUUAUUAUAUAUAGAAUUUUAUUUCACAUUUUUGAAUCAAGUUUGUAGAAACUUUCUAUUAUUAUUGGUGCUGCAACAAUUAAAGAAGCUUAUAAUAAGAUAUUAAGCGGAGGUCUUUGUCAUUGGGAUUGUGCAAAUUGUAAAGACAAGAUUUUUGAUAAUGCUGGUUCCUCAUAUGUUGGACAUGAUUAAUGUACUAUCUUUAUCAAAACUUGUACCGCUUAAGUUGGUGCUUCUUCAAAAUGUACUGAUAGAAAAUGUCUUAAUGCUCCAAAUACUACUGUUAUAAAUGAUUAAUGUGAAGCCUAUUUACCAUAAGGAAAUUGUGUCACUCAAAAUGGUGGUGGAUGUAGAAUAAAUACAACUUGUGAAGCAAUUAAUUUGGAAGUAACUUGUAAAACUAAUGUAAAUGGAAGAAAUUGCUUCUGGCAUAAUGCCAAAUGCUGCACUAUAAAUUGUGCUAAUGCUCCAAGUUCUUAUAAUAGUCAUAGUCAAUUCCUUUUUAACUAUAAUUAUAUUAUGCUCAAUAGAUAUUAAAUGUGA